AUGAUGCAGCCACGCAGAUCAUUAACAACAUCAUCUACUAUGGAUGUGAGUAGUAGUAGUUGUAGCUUACAAUUUGACAAGCGAAUCAUUAGCACCAUCAAACUGAAUAUAAGCAACAAAGAAUUAAUCACUAGACUAAUGGAAUUGCACGAGGAGCUAUCCAAUUUGGAUGAUGAAGAUGUCGAUUUAUCCUCACUCAAACUGGUGAGCAAAGAUCUUGUUGACAAGAGAUUGCUAAAUCAUCCAAGUAUUGGGGUGCAAGCAUUUGCUUGCUGUUGUCUAUCAGAUAUACUUAGACUUUAUGCACCCAAUGCCCCUUAUCUGGAUGAACAAUUGUCAGUUAUUUUUGAGUCAUUUUUCAAGCAGUUUUCAAGAAUUGCAACAACUGGGAAAAUGGAAAGACCUCAAUACUAUUUACAAUACGUGUAUUUGUUGAAGAGAUUAGCUGAAACAAAAUCCAUAAUCUUGAUUCUUGAUCUCCAUGAGUCUCAAAAAUUGAUGAAGUCUUUAUUUGACGCUUUUUACAGCAUUGGUACUAAGCAAAACUUCCCUCGAGAAUUGGAAACCUUGGUGACUGAUAUUUUGUCAGAAGUGAUCUCUGAAUCUGAAGCCAUACCACUUGAUAUCAUCAAAAUGAUUUUAAACAAAUUCGAGAUACAUGGACCGAAUAAUCAGUUGCUUGCGGGAAACAUCACUACCCCUGAGUUCAACUUUUCCUUGGCUGUUUGUGAAAACAAUGUCGAUAGAAUGUCAAGGUUGGUGGCACAAUAUUUUUCCGAGAUCCUAUACACCAACUCAAAUAAAUUGGAAAUAGAUCAUGAACAAGAAUUAGAAUUUCAAAAGAGAAGUGAAAACGAGUUUUUGAAGGCUUUGGAUGCUUUGAAAAAGAUCCACCAUUUGUCAGUGCAGCUUUGGACAUUCGUCCCUUCUAUUAUGUCCUCUGUUAUUUGCCUAGUUGACGAUGAAUUGAAUGCAAGUGACGAAAGGGUUCGCGCUUUGGCUACAACAACUAUAGGAAAAAUGUUGGGGUCAGAAACUUAUAGCUCGACAGUUCCAUUACAUAAAGUCAACUUCUUUGUCAUACACCGAUCAAUUUGGCAAAACUGGCUAAAAAAAACCAAUGACGUAUCUCAUUAUGUUCGUACCUUAUGGGUGAAUCUCAUUCCAGGCAUUUUCGUUAAUAAUCAGUAUCUCACUAAUGACAUAAGUCGUAUUCUCUCAGACGAAUUCAAAAAGUGUAUGGUGGAUACUGAUCACAGAGUUAGAGAAGCAGCAUGUGUUGCCCUUAGCAAGAUACCGUAUGAUAUAUUCAUCACCAAGGUUGCUAAUAAAGAAAUAUUGCAAAUCUUAUCACAAUUGAUCAGAGAAAAGCACAAGAACAUUAGGUCCACUUCGAUUCAGGUGUUGAGUUCAAUAUACUACAAUCAUACACAACACGUCGUGGAUCACGACGAAGUCCAAUCGGAUCAAGAUCUCAAGAAUUUGAUUAAUGAUAUCCCCAAUCAAAUACUAUCCUUGAUCUACAUUAAUGAUAAAAGCAUCACUGCUCUAGUGGAUGAGUCGUUUUUUGAAAAGCUAGUUCCAGUUUCCGAGCCAAAUACAGUGAAGCGAGUUCAAAAAUUGGUUAGUUUUUACUCUGUUUUGAAUGGAAAAAGCAAAGAGGCAUUUACUGCUAUUUUGAGAAGACAAAGCCAGAUUGCAAACGUAAUUGAGAACUUUUUGACAAUCGCUGAUGAAUGCAACAAAGCAAACUCUUUAGACAAAGAGAAUAAUCCACCAUCAUCUGAACUUCUCAAGUCAAACUUGACCAAAUUAGAAAAGAUUUUGAACUGGCUUUGUAUUUCAUUUCCUGAUGAUUACAACACAUAUUCCUGUUUAGAAAGGCUUUUCAAACUCAAUAGAGCUCGAUUUUAUCAUUUGAUCAGAACAUGUAUCUCAUCAGAAUCUGAUCUAAACACCAUCAACAGGGCAUUCAAGGAGUUGUUGAGUAAACUUGCUGACCCAAAGAAUAUUAGAUGUGAUGAUGGUGCAAACGUCACUCCUGCUGAAAUGGUUUACAACACAAAGUUGUUGAUAUUAAGAGGUUCGCCUUCAUUAUUCAAUAGAUCCAACGUUGAAGAACUUAUUUCGUAUUCGAAACUGUCGCAACGGGAAUUCAAAGCACAAGCCAACGAGUUGCUUGAACAGAUGUCAACCAUUACACCCGAAGUAUUUAAGCACCAUGUCAGAGCUUUAGUCGAAUUGUGCAUGGACCAAAAUGAAACAAGCAAAGCUGGUCCCCUCAAGACUAUAUACCACUUUGUUAAGAAAUUCCCUGAAUCAUUCCCAGGAGAAAUUUUAUUUACUGAGCUGUUGGUAAGAUUGGCAGUCGAUGGGUCACCCGAAGAAGCAAAGUAUUCCACCAAAGUGCUUAGUCUUAGUGAUCGAAAGGAAGUUUGCUUCAAUGACAUCAUCGACAAGGUUUACCCGUUAAAUUUUACUGAUGCUCACUUUGGUGCUCAUUUAAGCAGCAUAGCAGAGCUUUUCUUGGUUGACAAAUUCUCUAUUAGUGAUAAAGAGUCGACAAUUACAGAAUUCUUGAUAAAGAGUGUGUUGCUUGAAAACACAGUCACAGAUGAUCAUCAAACAUAUAAGCUUUUGGCUAUCCGGUAUUUCAUUAACUCAUUGAAAAGCUACAUAGAUGACCCUGAGACAGCCAAGGAGAAAUCUGCCCCUGUUAUAAAAUUGUUACUAUCAAUAAUUGGAAAUGAGGGAGAAAUUGUCAACAAAACUAACGAAACCUGGCCUACACCAGAGCCCUACAAAGCAAAAUUGAGGUUAACUGCAGGAAAGUAUUUACUAAAGAUGGCAAAAAUCCCAAUUUACAACGAAGUCAUUUCCUCCUCGACUAUGAGAAAGUUGUGCUUCCUUUUGAAUGAUAAGGAGCUUUCGGUAAGGUCACAAUUUUCGAAAAAGUUGAGGCAAUAUCUUGCUACAGAAUCUAUAUCAGAAAAAUAUCUUUCUUUGGUCUUUUUUAUCGCCGUUGAACAAGAUCCUGCAUUGAAGAAUGAAAACACAUUAUGGGUGAAAUCCAUGUUCAAGAGAUCAGAAGUGACCAAAAAUUUGAAAUUUGAGAAGUCCUUGGUUAGGUUGAUUCACAAUAUCGUCCACCAUGAACGAUUUCUUUCAAUCUUAAAUAGCGACGAGGAAGGUUCAGCAAGUGGCGAAGACCUGAGAACCCUAGAGGCAUAUUCAUUUGCAACUCGUUUCCUCACCUACUACGUGCAAUUGAUAGCUAAAGCUGAAAACAUUUCCCUACUUUAUUACUUGGCCAGUAGAGUCAAACAGCAUCGAGAUGCCACAAUUCCAAGCGAAGAAUACGAAAAGUUGAAUAAACCACAGAAAGUGUUCAAUUUAUAUCGAAUUGCUGAGUUGGCCCAGUUGGUGUUAAAAACAUAUAGUGAUUUCAAAAUCUGGCCCAUUCAAACCUGGACCGAAAAGUUCAAACUACCACAGGGUAUUUACGCGCCAAUGGCCAGUCCUUCAGAGGCUCAAUCUGUUGUAUCACAAGUCUUCAUACAUGAUGGCUUACAGGGCAAGUUGGUGAAUUUAAUCAAGAAGGAGACUUCCGAUUCCAAACGAAAACAAACUGACAAUGGGGUUGCCGUCAACACGUCCAAACGCCCAAAGCCAGCAUCAACUGCUGUCAAACGUAUCAGGAAUAAAAAGAGUACUCGAAGAAUUGAAAAACCGAGUCUUAAUGUUGCUGAACCCACAAGAAGGAGCAAUAGAGUCAAAAGUAAAGUCGACUAUAAAGACCAAAUUGCCUCAGAAGAUGAACUGGAUUCAUAUAUGGAAUCGGAAAGUGACUUCGAGUGA